AAACCCAGUGCUGUUGGUGCGGUGUGUAUCAGUCAUCGGGGACCCCUUCCUGCCUGUCUUGUGUGGAGGUUAAACCACUGUGUCUCUCUGGUUUCUUUGGGGGGGUGGAGGAUGAAAGGUGCUAUGUCACUGCGAAAUAUUAUUGUGCCAUGUCUCUUUUCCUAACAUCCAGCCUUCUGGCUUGGAGUCAGAUAGAAGACUCCUGUCCUCCUAGGUGUCUCUAGCUGAUGCUUCUUGUCACUUGUGUUUCUCUGUCUCUGGUAACCUUAGGUAUAAGUUUUAAGUUUCACAGGGUGUCAGUCUGUGUUGUGCUUUUAAAUGCUUUUAAUCAAAUGGGUUCUUUUGGGGGGGGGUUGGUUUAGUGAAUGCCUGUGCUCUUAGUGCUGGCUAUACACUUCCCUCCAACACUGCUCCUUUCUGUGUAAGGUGUCUGAUGGGAGCCUGUGAUGGAUAUGUUAUAAAGAGAUAAUUUAUAAUGGAUUUUAAUAGCAAUUAGAAGUCAAAAUGUGAUGACUUUAUAUGAUUAGGAACAAGGAAGAGCCUUAGGAAGAGAGAGUACUGUAUAGACACAGCCCUUUGUACAAACUUUGUUAUUAUAUUUCACUACAUUUUAAAAGUCUCUGCAACAUGAAUGUUCGUGUACAGGGCAGACACAGGUAUUUGUUGUUGCUAGGAAUGCAUGACAAAUCAUCUAAAUUAGUCAGACUGGAUUGUGUAAGGUGUAACUAUGGUGAUUGUAAACUCUCUUUACCAUAUUGCUAUAAUCAGGGUCCCCUUAUGACUUGUUCUAUGUACAGUAUCUGUCGUGAUGUCAGCAUUGGUAGCAGCUGUUACUAAAGUUUAAGUUAGAGUUAUAUGUAACUUUAAAAAGUCUGAGGUUAUUUGUAAUGUAUGCAUAUUUCUCUUUUUGGAGGGAAAUUCCAUCCUAAAAUGCCAACCCCAAUCCAGACACCUGCUGUGAAAAUAGGCAUGGAUUAGCUGCUGGCUUUCUAGGGUCAUUGCCUUUUUGGUGUCCAUGUGAUAUGGACAAAGCUCUUUUUGGUAUUGGGAUAACACUGGAUCCAGUCCUGUGCAUGUUAAACUUCUAUUGAUUUCAGUGAGAGUUUUGCCCUCAUGACUGCAGGAUCUGGUCUUAAAUCUGGUUGUAUUAUUCCCUUGACACUGUUGCUCUAAUCACCAAGAGAUCAAGUGGUGUGGCACCUCAGAAAUUAUAGAUGUAUUCUGUGGAGAUGGAGAGGGAAUAGAAGGUUAAAUUACACUUCCAAACACAAUCUAAUAAUUUGAGCAAUUUACACAUUUAACAGUUUUUUUAUACUGUUAGCUAAAAUUCUGCUUUUUAGUCAAGUGCUUUUUAGUGUCUUGUUUUUGUACAGCAAUCCAUUACUUCUUGUAAUCUUCUACAUUUUAUAUUUAAUUAGCGUAUUGGUAAUUAAACUGAUAAUUUGUUAAACAAAUUAUAAAGAUAAUAUUGCAUUCAUUUCAUGUCUUGACUCAUAUUUAAACAUCUGGCUGUUUGACAUAUCAUUGGCAGAAUGCAGUGAAUUUUGUUAGGAUAUCCUCAGUAGCCUUGCCCUAGGGCCUAAGAGCUGCCAGUCUAGGCUGGCCUUCUAACUUUCAUUUUGACUGUCAACACAAGCUGUAAUUAGCAGGUCACGCACCUGCAAAGUUAUAUGUGUUGGUUGCUGUGCAGGAACCUGAGCUACAACUGAAUAAACAAUAGUGCCAUGAUUUAAAUAAAAGGUUAGAUUCAAGCCACUAUUUGCAUUCAUAGAGGUAAAAUAACAGACUUCAACUGGAAUAACUCCCCAAAAUGAAAAAUACAGUACAGGAGUCCAGAUUAUUAAUGAGUAGGGUGACCAUAUGUCCCAUUUUGGCUGGGAUGGUUCCCUUUUUAAGCUCUGUCCCGGACAUCCUGAGUUUUUUGGUAAAACUGGGCAGGUUUGCUCUUGCCAGCUGAUCGUCAGUUGGCAAGAGCAAACGGGAUACAUGCCCAAUUUUGCCAAAAAAUGGUGCACGACCCCCAAUGGGGUGUAUGUGGAGGAACGUGCUUGGGCAAGCGGCCAGUCCUGUGUGGAGGGGCUUCGGCCAGCGCUGCAGGGGUGGGGGUGCAGGUUUGAGCAAGCCCCGCGCAGUGACCCGUUUUCAUUUGGGGAAAUAUGGUCAGGAACGAGUGACCACAGUAAUUUGUUGGAGUGGGACAAUUACAUACUGUAGUUUAUUGGAGUUGAUACCAGGUUUAGAAUACAUAUUUACAUUAAAAAGGGCUUUAGGAUAAUGAUCUUAAAUCAAUUGUCUGGGUGCAGAACCAAUUUCUGUAGGCUUGCACAGGUCUUUGUACUGUAAAAGUUGAGAAAUAUGUUAUUAAAUAAUGUAUUCAUUCUGCAGGACAGUGGAUUAUUGUCUCCACUAUCAUUUCAUACCCUGAUUGUGUACAUUGGAGUAAAUGAAUUGAGUGGGUGAAGAGCAAUUUGAUAUUUUCAUGACCUCCUGGAAUUUGAGCUGCCUACUGUAAACCAACGAAUGAAAAGCCCACUGUUGUGCUACUAUACGACAUCUCGAAUAGUACUGCUGCUGAUGGAGAGAAUCUGGACUUGGUAGUUCACUUGGAGGCAAAUUAUUCAGAAGAAUUAAUUUCCUUGGAUCUGGGUCGUUCUUACCAUGGACUCAUCAUCUGUUGAGCAAGGUGCCCUGUUGGAGAACAGAGCUAGCAAUGGGGUGUCUCACAGUUCAGAAGGACGUCUGGAUUAUAAAGCCAAAUCAGAUAUGCCAACUGAAGGAGCUGAAAUUAAUACAACUAGUAUUAAUGCCAACAAAGUGCCAAAUGAAGGAGAAAGUCUGGAAAUAAACAGCAAACGGGGCACUUACCAGAAUGGACCAGAGGCACUCUAUCCUGACCUCCCUUUGUCUUUUGAACCAACCAGCAGUCCACAUGUUCAAGAGUCUCCAGGUUCAUCAGAGUCUUCACUCCCAUUGGAGAAAGAAGAACAAAUCAGACUUCAGGCAAGAAGGCGUCUGGAAGAGCAGCUCAAACAGUACAGAGUAAAAAGGCACCAAGAAAGAUCCAACUACUCUACAUCCAAAACCCGGCCCUCUAGUACACUAGAUCCUGAGCUGAUGUUAAAUCCAGAAAUCUUGCCAAGGGCCAGCACUGUAGCUAUGACAAAAGAGUACUCCUUCUUGCGGACCAGUGUCCCAAGGGGGCCAAAACUGGGCAGCCUGGGACUUCCAGCCCCUUCAAAAGAGAAAAGAAGCUCCAAAUCUUCCAAGUCAAGUAAUAUCCGUUCCUUGGCUGAUUACAGAACUGAAAAUUCAGAUCCUGGAAAUGCUACUAGGAAUUUUGAGACUGCUGAUAAAUCUGGUGGGUCUCUAAAGGAGAAUAGAAGUGGUCUGACUUCUGUUGUAUCUGAAAUCAGUCUCCGUUCUGAAACAGAUGACCGACUGGAGAAUUCCUCCAUAGCAGGAGACAGUGUUUCAGAGAUUGACGGAAGCGAUUUAGGAAUAAGGCUGGAUGGAAAUGAGAGUGACAGCUCUACCUACAGCAGUGUGUCAGGAAGGGGGACGUAUAGCAUUUUACUGAAUGCAGAAGGCAAACAGGGGAUUUCAUAUACAGUAAAUGGCCAGGAGAUCCCUUCAGAUGGAAUGGGGCAAUUUCCUUCCAUCAGGGAAGUAUUGCAGGCUGCAGCAGCAGAGCAUCAUGCCCAGGACCAGGAAGUUAAUGGGGAAGUGCGGAGUCGGAGAGACAGUCUUUCUAGCAGUGUGUCUAUGGAAAGCUCUAUCACAGGAACUCAUGAUGAAAUGUUGCAGGUCCUAAAAGAAAAGAUGAGACUUGAAGGACAGCUUGAAGCACUGUCAUUAGAAGCUAAUCAGGCCCUUAAAGAGAAGACCGAGCUGCAAGCCCAAAUUGCAGCUUUGAACAUGAGGCUUCAGGCUCAGGUGGAGCACUCCCAGAGCAGCCAACAGAAGCAGGAUUCUUUGAGCUCAGAAGUGGCUACCUUAAAGCAAUCUUGCUGGGAUCUGGAACGAGCUAUGGCUGACUUGCAGAACACCUUGGAAGCCAAGAAUGCUAGCUUGGCUUCCUCAAAUAAUGACCUGCAACUGGCAGAGGAACAGUACCAAAGACUCAUGGGAAAAGUUGAAGAGAUGCAAAAAAAUGUUCUCAGCAAGGAUAACACAGUACACAGUCUGCGACAGCAAAUGGCUUCCUUACAGAACCAGCUUCAGCAGGUGCAGUUAGAACGGACCACGUUGACCAAUAAGCUAAAAGCAUCUCAAGCAGAGAUCGUAUUGCUGCAAAAUGUGCGGCAGUGGUACCAGCAGCAAUUGGCAGUGGCACAGGAGGCACGUGUUAGACUACAGAGUGAGAUGGCCAAUAUACAGGCUGGGCAAAUGACCCAAGCAGGUAUGUUGGAGCACCUCAAACUAGAGAACGUAUCAUUGUCUCAUCAGCUAACAGAGACCCAGCACAGAUCCAUCAAAGAAAAGGAACGUAUUGCAGCACAGCUGCAAAAUAUUGAGGCUGACAUGUUAGAUCAAGAAGCUGCAUUUGUACAGAUCCAGGAGGCUAAAACCAUGGUGGAAGACGACCUGCAGAGAAGGCUGGAGGAGUUUGAGGAUGAGAGAGAACAACUGCAGAAAAUGGCUGAUUCUGCAGGAACACUGGAACAAGAACUGGAACAGAUGAAAUUGACUCUGCAUCAGCGAGAUCUGCAGCUUGAAUCUUUACAGCAGGAGCAUCUAGUGCUCAUGAAGCAGCUCACCUUAACCCAAGAAACAUUGCACACCAAAGAGCAGUCCCUAAAUGACCUACAGACUCAAUAUGAUGAGCUGGUGGCCAGGUUAGAGGAAUUCCAAGGUGAUGUUAUUUCCAAGGAUGACACGAUCCAAUAUUUGCAGAAUGAGAAGAUUGUCCUAGAGGUAGCUCUGCAGGCAGCAAAAGCAAACAAAGAAGAACUUGACGAAGGAGCAAAAUGCUUAGGUGAAAGUACUGAGGCAGCAUCAGAAAUCUUGGCGCAAUUGAGACAAGAAAUAGCUAUAAAGUCAAGCCAGGUGGAAAAUCUGCAACAGGAAAGUGCCAGCCUGAAGAAACAGACCCAAAAAGUAAAGGAGCAGUUCCUACAGCAAAAGGUAAUGGUGGAAGCUUAUCGAAGAGAUGCAAGUUCAAAGGACCAGCUGAUUAGUGAAUUGAAAUCUACAAAGAAGCGUCUGGAUUCGGAAGUGAAAGAAUUAAAACGGGAGCUACUGAAACUUCAAGGUGAAAAGCAAUCCAUUGAUGUUGAACGCUCAAGACUUCAGAAGGAAGUAUCCCAGGUUCACCAGCAGAUGGUGGAGUUAGAAAGCCACCUCCAGUCAGUGCAAAAAGAACGGGAUGACAUGGAGAUACAGCUACAGUCUUUGCAGAUUGAUAAAGAACAAAUGACAUCUCUUGCUGAGGUGAAUGAGGUAUUAAAACUACAGGUAGAACAAAUGCAAGAGGAAGCCAAAAAGGCCAUCACCGAACAGAAACAAAAAAUGAAGCGUCUGGGGUCAGAUUUGACCAGUGCACAGAAAGAGAUGAAGGCAAAACACAAAGCCUAUGAGAAUGCAGUUGGCAUUCUUAGCCGCCGGCUGCAGGAAGCCCUCACUGCAAAGGAAUCUUCUGAAGUGGAGCUGAGCAAACUAAAAGCACAAAUCGCUGAUGGAGGAAAUAACCAGGCUUCCCAUGAAAGGAUUCAAGCUCUGGAGACAGAGCUGCAGGCUGUUAGCCACAGUAAGAUGAUGUUGGAGAAAGAGCUGCAAGAAGUAAUUUCACUCACCAGCCAGGAGCUUGAGGAGUACAGGGAAAAAGUGAUUGAACUUGAGGAUGAGCUUCAGGAAUCUAGAGGUUUCAGGAGGAAGAUAAAACGUUUAGAAGAAAUAAACAAGAAGUUGGCCCUCGAACUGGAACAUGAACGAGGGAAGCUCACUGGUCUUGGUCAGUCUAACACUGCUUUGCGGGAGCACAACAAGAUCCUAGAAACAGCACUAGCAAAAAGAGAGGCAGACCUGGUACAGCUGAAUCUCCAGGUUCAAGCAGUCCUAAAGCGUAAAGAGGAGGAGGAUCAGCAAAUGAAACAACUUAUUCAAGCCUUACAGACUGCCUUAGAAAGAGAAAAGUCAAAAGUUAAUAACCUUAAAGAGCAGGUUGCGGCAGCCAAAGUAGAUGCAGCACAUAACCGUCGUCAUUAUAGAGCUGCUGUUCUUGAGCUGAGCGAAAUUAAGAAAGAGCUACAAGCCAAAGAACUGCUUGUCCAAGCCCUUCAGGCUGAAGCAGACAAACUACAGGUUGAGGAUGGGAAACAUUCUCAAGAAGUAUCUCAGUUCCAGCAAGAGUUGGCAGAAGCCCGGUCUCAACUCCAGCUUCUACAGAAACAGCUGGAUGAACAACUUAGCAAACAGCCUGUAGAAAACCAAGAGGUUGAAGACCUCAAAUGGGAGGUGGAGCAGAAGGAGAGAGAAAUACAAACGAUGAAGCACCAGUUGGAUAUGACUGAGCAACGCAGUCAAAAGGAGUUAGAAGGAAUACAGCUAGUAUUACAGAAUAUCAAGACCGAGUUGGAGAUGGUGCGGGAAGAUCUGUCAAUGACUCAGAAGGACAAGUUCAUGCUUCAGGCUAAAGUGACUGAAUUGAAGAACAGCAUGAAGACAUUGCUGCAGCAGAAUCAGCAGCUGAAGACAGACCUGAAACAUGGCAAGAUGAAGAAGAAGAAGGAACUGAAGGGAGAGACUAAUUCUUCAAAUCCGGUGACUCCAGUGAAGAUUCCUGACUGUCCAGUCCCUGCUGCGCUGCUAGAAGAGCUAUUGAAACCACCAACAGCUGUGAGCAAGGAGCCUUUAAAAAACCUGAACAGCUGUCUCCGCCAACUAAAGCAAGAAAUGGACAGCCUUCAGCGUCAGAUGGAGGAACACACCAUAACAGUACAUGAAUCAAUGUCUUCAUGGACUCAGAUCGAAGGGCAAUUAAUGGACCUAACUUCUACCUGUCCUGCAACAGCAUCAGGCGAGCAGGAAAUUCCUGCUGUGGACAUAAAAGAACAGAAUCGCAAUGCUGGUGACAAAGAAGCGUUGAAACAAUGACCAUUGUUUUUCAUCACAACUGCUUUAAGCGUGUACAGGAAUCUUUAUCAUUAUUUGUUUCAGUGGAUUUCUUUGUUAAAGGCAAAAGCAGAGCAAAUGAAUGGUUUCAAGGAAUCAGUAAAACAUUCAUUGCAGACCAUGCUGUAUUAAGGUUUCCUGUGAGGGAUGGUUUCAUCUCACUGAAGUAGUGAAAUCCAUGUUGGGGACAGAUGAUAAAUUUGGCCCAUUUAUGAGUCUAGGCAGAAAUUCAGAGGAAGGGUUAAAAAAAUCUGAAUUAUUACAGAGAGAGGCCAAGAAGACAGUGUAUGAUUCUGGAUCUGGAUUUGUUUAAUUUAGUUAAGGAAUCACUGUAAUCUUGCAACAUCAGAUUAUCUCAAUUUUUUCACCAUCUUGGGCUGCAUCCAAAUCGUAUCUGGAAAAGUAAGUCUUUUUCCAGUUCCAACCAUAGGCACUGGGUCAGGCUUGGGAAUCUGAAUCCAAAACCUCCACCCUCUUGAAUUCAGGCUGUAGGUGUCCGGAUUUCAGAUUUUGGUUCAAGCCUGUCUCUAGUUAUGACAAGCACCAUUGCCCUAUAUUAAAAGAAAUGGACUAUGAAAGUUGGUCAGUGCAGACCAGUAACUUUCUUUGGCAAUGUUUGCCCAGGACAUUGUCUGGAGUGCCUGAUUUCCCUCUUGCAUUCUCAGGCCAGUGGGGAGCUUUGUUUCACUGCACAAAUGCUUUUUUUGCACCUUUUUAGUUAAUUUCUGAAGAAGACAUCCCCGGUACAGGGUAUGUAUAUAAAUAAUAAUCAUCUGACCUGUUUUAAUAUGCUUAUACAGUAAAUUAAGAUUGACAUGGGUGUUUUUGUUACUGUCAUUGUUUUAAUGUAUGACAUUUAAGUUUACUGUUGGAAAACAUUGUACAUAGUCCUUAAAGAAACUAGCCCAAAAAACCAGAGAUUUUAGAAAUGUAACUAUUUUAUUUGUAUCUUAAAGACAAAAUGAUAUGCCUAUAAAAUUAUUUUUAUUUUCAUUAGCUUUAACUUUUCUCAUCCCGCUCCCAAGUAGAUGCAUAUUGUUUAUGAAUGGGAGCAUUGGCACUACUGCAGCCUUCCUUGCAAAGGCACCCUGUUCAAUUUAAUGCAAGAUGACUGAAGCAACUGCCUUAGAGUCAUUUCUCCUUUGAUCACAUCCCUGUCCUGUUGACAGUGCACGGAUAGGGUCAUCCCUUCCUCCUCAUUCCUCUAGAAGUAACACCGAUGCUUUGUUUUGCCUACUCUACAGUCUGAAUCACACUUUGCACAUGACAAACUUACAUCUAGAGGAAUCAGUUGAUGCUCACAUACAUACAUGUACUUUUUGUUUUUCUUGAAAGAUAUAGAAAAUAGGGACAGUUACAUGCUCUGUAGUUUGGAUUUUUUUGACCAAUCAAUACAAGUAGAUUAAAUUACUGAAAAAACUGAUGAGGUUCUUGUGCGAUAAGGAUUGUUUGGUACUUAGAUUUUUGCAUAUACUGAGACACAUUAUCAUCCUUAUCUCUGUUCUGCAGAUGGUCAAAACCCAUCUUUUUCUAGAAAGGCAGUUAUCUUUCCUCUGAGAGGGCUGCUUUUUUGCAAUAUCUUUAAAAUAAAAAUAAAAAGCUAAAACAAACCAAUUUACCUUUUAUCUCAAAAUUUAGUUCUCUAAACCCCUUUUACUCAAGCUCUAAUCCUGAUGAACAGCUUGUACUACAACAGUGUCUAAACUGACUGACUGUAAAACUCCAGUAUUGGAUUAUAUCUUAUCUUUUUGCUAAAAUAAAAUAAAAUAUGAAGGACUGAUAUUAAAGUUAAAAGUCAAGGAUUUCGGGUUUGAGAGGGAAGGAAUGCUUUAAUGUGGCAUUAGUUGCCAAUCAUGUAGGAUUACUGAACUGUUUUUAAAAAAGCCAAAAGCUUUACUGACUCUCCCAGAUGUGCUAAUGUUUAUAUACUACUUAAGUCUUAUUUUACAGAGUAAUGGUACUGACUAAUUUUGCUGCUGUUCGUGUCCUUUAAGCUGCCUGUAUAUUGUGCUCUAAGAGGAAAAAAUAAAAAUACUGUAUUGUUAAUUGAUCAAGUUAAAACUACAUAAUGACUAAUAUAUUUAGUGCAAAAAACGUAUCAAAUGUUCAGGUUUUUAAGUAAAAUACCAUUUGUGCAGGGUUAAUAUUACUGUUCUGUGUGACAAAAUGCAUUAUCUACAGGUUAAGAAUCCAUUAUGUUUUAAUUUGUAAGUUUGGCAACAUUUGUACAGCCAAAGCAUUUAUCUGAGAUUUGUAUUGUACUAGUUAUCAUAAUGCACCCUUUUUCAGGGCAAUGCUGCAUCUUUCUUAUGACCGCUUUAAAAGACAUCAGUGUAUAUUAAUACAGCAAAGUAGCCUUAAGUGUAUAGUUUUCCUCUUAAGAGAUACAUUAGCAGGGCCGUCCCUAUUGAGGUGCGGGGCCUGGGGCGGAAGUGACGAAUCUGUCUCUUCUGGGACCGACCCAUCACUUCUGGGACCAACCACACCAGCCAAUCACACUGGCCUGUGGGGCCCCCCAAAGCGCGGGGCCUGGAGUGGUCGUCCUGAUUCACCGUACCCAAGGGACGGCUCUGUACAUUUGUUAUGUGAAAAUUGAUUUCCCCUUUACUCAACCAACCUGUCUCUGAGGGUAACCAGUUUCCUUUUUAGACCCUUAAGAUAUCAUACUUCUUGUUCCUUUAAUUUAUAUUCACCACCCUUUACAAAACAAAAACAAAACCUUUCCUCGGGACCUAAAAGGGGUGGAUGACACUUGAGGGUGCUAAACUCUAUGAAGUGCUGAGGACAUCCUACUCCUUGUGAAGUCAGCAGGAGUUGAGGGAAUUCAGCAUAUCCUAGGAGAUGCUCGGCACAUUACAGGUCCAAGCCUUCACUUUAGAGCCCUUCAACCUUAUUCCUUAAUUCAGAGAGGUGGUGAUUGUUUUUUAAAAGGUUCCCCCUUCCACCCUGGGGCUCAGCAUAAUGUCUCCACAGCAGUCUCAGAUCUCUUGUUUCUCAGGCCAGUAAAACCUAGGAGUGGGAAUAAAAACCCUGGUCCCUCCUGCAUGUAUAAGAGCACUGACAAAUAAUUAAGAAGAAAAUCAGUGCCUCAUUAACAUUGGUGUGCUUUUAGAAACUAAAGGAAUAAUCUCAAAGGGAUCUAUUUUUGCUGUGGUUUUGCACUGCAGUGGAAUGUAACUUCUAUGUAUGUUUCCUCACUCCUAGUAGUUGCUACUUCCCCAGCCAAGUUUUAAUGAUGAAAGAGAAAUAAAUGUUGCUGUAUUGUAAAAAAAUUACUACGUAAUAAGGUGGUAAAGGCUGCAGCAUUAUUUUUCAAAACCAUGUAUUGUUUUUGCUUUUUUGAAGAAAAUUUCCCAGUUGUCUGUUUAAACCUAUGUUGGAAGGAAGCUUCUGUAGUUAGUCUCUGGUGUUGUAUUUUGCAUGACGUUUAAUUCCAUUGUCUUCCAGGUUACUUGGAAAUUUUUGUGUGCCACAUUAGGUGGUCAACUCAGUCCUUCCUCUUCUUGUGAAAAGAGUCUGAUCCCAUACUCUUCACUCAGGCAAUACCCCUAUUGAAAUCUGUGGGAGUUUCAUGUGUGUAAGGAGUAUAGUAUAGUGCCCAGAAUGGAAAUUCUAUCUAGGGCAUAUACAUUCAUGUAUUGUAUAUUCCUCCUCAUAUAAGUGAAAUUCAGUGUUGUGAGGGUUUAACAGCAAUUAAGAUAUCCCCCAGGGUGCAUUGAUGGUGAUUAAUCUGGGCAAUAUAAAUUUGAUUCCAAGAUAGCAAAUUCACUACUGGUUUAAUAGAUGCACAAACUGAUGAUGUAUGUUUAUCUUAAUUUUGGGAGUGAGGUGUGAAUUCUUGCAUGUCAUACCCCCAGUGACCAGAAGCCUUUUUUAUGGAUACAGUGUUUUCGUUAUGAAAGCAGUGACAGCCCAGAGUAACCAUUAAUGCUAGCCAGAUGGGAUAUGAUGGGAGGGAAACGUUCUAAAUAUUGUAAAAGAAACACUGUCAUGUUUUAUACGUGAUUUUCAGUCAUCUACUGUCUAAUUCAAUUGUAUUUAUAAAAACAUUGUCAUUUCACAAAGUUUCUGAGUGGAUAACCCAGGGGAGGGAGGAGUUAUACUAUGUACAACUAAUGAUUAUGACCUUACAAAGCAUGUAAUUAAAAAAAAAUUAAGGUGUGCAUAGGAAAUCCUUAAAAGUUUUGUGCAAUAAACUAUUUUUGGUAAAGGGUUUCAUGUUUUUACUUUGAUAGUGAAAUUAGUACACUUUUUUGCAGUAAACUUUUUUAUAUAUAAACUUCUAAAGAUGCUGUACAGAAACUUUUUAAAAAGAUCUGUUUAUUUUAAAGGAAUAUUUUAUUGUAUAUUAUUUUACAAUCAAUAGUUUAAAUGUUUUAAGAUUCAUUGUAAUUAUGUUUCCAUUAUAUUUAAUUUAUUGAGUGUGCUGAACAUGUCAGGAAUGAUGAAAAAUAAGUGGGGUGCAUCUGUCUUGGCUGGAUUUUGCUGACAUUUGAAGUCAAAUGUACAAAACUAAACAGUCGGGAAAUGUCAAUGAUUUGAAUUUAAAUACAGAAAUUUGAAAUGAAAA